GAAACCAGCAAUGUCUAGCCGAUAAACGUUGUUGAAAUAAAGAUAUCACAGUCAUAUUAAAUAUGCUUCCGAUAGUGUGUUGACAAAAUUAAACAAAUAAAUGCAGUUAAUUAUGAUCACUUGCAACAAUGAAAUUCUUUAAAAACUAGUGAGGGCUUUAAUUAGCCAGGCAGAUGUCAGUUAGCAGAGAGGACAUCAUUGUACAGCUGUACAUUUAAUGUUGCUUACCAACGCGGCUCACACACUGGUUAAAUGGAAAUAUUUACAGCCUGACGAGGCUGUAAUUUGAAUCCGAUACAUUUGUUGCAAUUGAGGUGCAGACAGUUAUAGAGUGAACGGGUAAAUAUCCAAGGUUUUUGCUCUGCUUUUCAGUAUUUUUGGUUCGACAAACGCACUGGUGUCUGUCUGAAAUGUAAACAACAGCAAGCGUGGUUUCACUAAGGUGAAUGAGCGAGGCUGACUUCUUUCCCUCUGCUGAUAUGGCAGAGAUAAACCGCAUCCAUUAUGAGCUAGAAUAUACAGAGGGCAUCAGUCAACAGAUGCGGAUCCCAGAGAGGCUCAAGAUUGCCUCCAGCUCAUCAGAGGAACCGCCUGGUCUCCCUCUGGAUGCAUCCCACAGUACUAUGAUGCAUGUGCCAGAAAGGAUUGUAAUUGCAGGAGAUGGCAAUGAUGCUCGCUUCGGGAGACCCAGAGAUCUGGAUUUGAUCCAGUCCACGCCUCUAGAGACGGUUGAACUGAAGACCCCACCACGGGUUCUUACCCUCAAUGAUCAAACUUUGGACUUCCUUGAGCCAGAGCCAGAGCCAGAGCCAGCAGGCAACUCCACUGCCCAGCCAAGAGACGAGAUGAGAUCUCACUUUAGGUCAAGACGGGAGCGCUGUAGGAGUGAGAACUCAACAAUGCGUCGCAAUGGACAGAUAAACAAACAGGAUUUUGCAAGCCCAUCUCCAUCCCGUGCUCCUGUCCGCGCCUGUCCCCCUCUCAUCAGCCCUGAGGACAGUAGUCAGAACUUAAACAGUGCCACUGGUGUCCUCUCCUACAUCAAGAGCACGACUCGCAGGGCUUACCAACAGGUCCUUGAGGUGCUGGACGACAGCCACCGCAGUCGGACAGCUCUUGUGACUUUUGAUCCUAGUCUGGAGAACACUGCUGAUGAUGCUGUCUUAACGGACGCUGCAUCAUUGCGACGACAGAUCAUCAAGCUGAAUCGAAGACUGCAGCUACUGGAGUAUGAGAAUAAAGAGCGGGCCAAGCGGGAAAUGGUCAUGUACUCCCUCACUGUUGCAUUCUGGCUGGUCAACUCCUGGGUCUGGCUCCGCCGCUAGACACCCCUCUUUUCCACUCAUCCUUAGAGUGUCUAACAAAAUAAAAGACAGUUCAGUCACAUGUAUAUUAGGUAUUUUCUCAUUCACAGACUUUUCAGUUAGUAAAGGGUAAAAAGAAUAAUUUAACAGUUGCACUACUUUCAAUAACACAAGGUCUAAUUAAGCUCAAAGUGUGUAGUUAUGUUUAAUUUAUUGUUUUUGCAUUUCAUAUUGUAUACUGUUUUUGUAACUGUUCUGUAUGAAUAGUUUGAUUGUCCAGUGCAACGUGAUGUAAAGAUGUAAAUGAUUGUAAUAUUUCAGUAGACAUUCCAUUUUUGUGAAUACAUUUUAGUUGAAAUAUUUUGAGUCAUUAUUUAUGCAAGAACAUAUUUAAAGUUGUGGGAUCACCAAAGUAUUAAAGUGUAAAAUGCAUAAACUGUAUUGUUUGUCACUGAAUUUCAGCCACUGUUGAUCACUAGAUGGAGUCUAUCCUCCUGAAUUUUAUUCAUUUAAAAUAUUUUUUUAUUAUAAUUAAUAUCUGUGAGCAUACAUGUUUAUUAAAUGUCACAGCUUGCUAAAGUCACAGAACAAGGCCACUGCUUAGUGGCAUAAUUUUUAACAUUUCUGGAACAAAUGUAGUCAUUUUCAGGAUGCAUCAGUUCAUCUGCA